GCUUCCAUCAUCGCCGAAAACCGUGCUAGUCCUCCACAUCCGGGCCGUCGCAUUAUUCAGACAUCGUCACCAUCGGCCCCGACAUUCCCAGCUUCCCCCGGAGCUGCCAUUGAUCACCCGACCACGGCCACCACGCCUCCUCUGUAAUCCGUGUUUUAUUCUCUGUAUUAUUUUCUCACUUUCCUUUUUGUUUGCCGAGCGUGGUUGCAUAUAAGUUAGAGAUCCAGGCCCGUCUCGGGCAGGCCGAGUUGGAUCGCUUGGUGCAAAAACCUGCAACAAACCAGAAAUCGAAGCAUCCAAGGGCUCUCUCCCUCGCCGCCCACGAUGCUUCCCCGACUGCGCCUACUCCGAUUACCUGCACCGACGAAUUCCAUCUUUCCCGCGCGGUCAAGACUGGGCGCGUGCUCAGUGCCGGCAACAAUACGGCAGAGACAACAUGGCGCGACACCGCUGCUGCAUGCCUCCAGAGGCAGAUCAUUACGCUCUAGCUUCUCCACGUAUACCGCAUUAGGGAAACGGAAAGAAGGCUUUUUCGAUGGCCCUGUGGAACCAUUGUCUGAGGAGGAGAAGAAAGCGAACCUCGAAAAGGCGGAGGCUGAAGAGAAAGAGAUUUCGAAGUCCAAAUCUUCAAGUUCGGAUGCUCCCUCCGGUAGUAACGGGCAAAGCACACCCGAGGGACCUGAUGGGAGGGGCAGUGCUGCCGGUGGUUCUUCCUCGGGGUCAUCCGGAGACGAUUCAGGUUCCAGUGGCGGCAGCAGACGGGGUCGGAGAGGCGACAAGGCGCUUGCGAAGCCGGUCGUGCCGGAGAUUUAUCCCCAGGUUCUGGCGAUACCUAUCGCCAAGAGACCGCUCUUCCCCGGUUUCUACAAGGCCAUCACGAUCAAGGACCCGAACGUCGCCGCCGCUAUCACCGAAAUGUUUAAGCGCGGCCAGCCCUAUGUCGGAGCUUUCCUGUUCAAGGACGAGAAUGCCGAUGACGACGUCAUCCGCAAUCCGGACGAUGUCUACGAUGUCGGUGUCUUUGCCCAGGUCACCAGCGCAUUCCCAAUGAACGCGCAGGGUGGCGAGGGCGGCGGGCUUACGGCGAUCCUGUACCCUCACCGACGAAUCCGGCUAUCUUCGCUGAUUCCUCCGGGAGCCGCCGAUACCGCGAAGGCCGCUCCGCCUGCGGAACCCAUCCCCGAGCCGAUCCCUAAAGUGGCAGAGGAACCCGAACAAAAGGGAGACGUGGUUGCGAGCUUCGAAGAGAGCGCGGUCGAACCGAAGCCCGAGCCGCCCAAGAAGCAGACGUACGAAGUGACGUCCUUCUUGAAGAAGUACCCCGUCAGCAUCGCCAACGUCGAAAACCUCGUCGAAGAGCCCCACGAUCCCAAGAGCCAGGUGAUCCGUGCCGUUACGAACGAGAUCGUGAACGUCUUCAAGGAGGUUGCCAGCAUGAACAGCCUGUUCAGGGACCAAAUCUCUACCUUCUCCAUCAGUCAAUCCGCCGGCAACGUCAUGUCCGAGCCUGCCAAGCUGGCAGACUUUGCCGCGGCCGUCUCUGCGGGCGAGCCUGCCGAGCUUCAAGAAGUCUUGGAGAGCCUGAACGUCGAAGACAGGAUGCACAAGGCGCUCUUGGUGCUCAAGAAGGAGCUUGCCAACGCCCAACUCCAGUCCAAGAUCACCAAGGAUGUGGAGAGCAAGAUCACGAAGCGGCAGCGCGAGUACUGGCUGAUGGAGCAGAUGAAGGGAAUACGGCGGGAGCUCGGUAUUGAGUCGGACGGCAAGGACAAGCUGGUGGAGACGUUCAAGGAGAAGGCCGACAAGCUGGCCAUGCCUGAAGCGGUCCGCAAGGUUUUCGACGAGGAGCUCAACAAGCUGGCACACCUGGAACCAGCCGCAUCAGAGUUCAACGUGACGCGGAACUAUCUGGACUGGCUCACGCAGAUCCCCUGGGGACAGCGCAGUGCCGAGAACUUCGACAUCCGGAACGCGAUGAAGGUCUUGGACGAGGACCAUUAUGGCCUCAAGGAUGUCAAGGACCGGAUUCUGGAGUUCAUCGCCGUCGGCAAGCUGCGCGGAACCGUAGAGGGCAAGAUCCUUUGCUUUGUCGGCCCUCCUGGUGUGGGCAAGACGAGCAUCGGCAAAUCCAUCGCUCGUGCUCUCAACCGCGAGUACUAUCGGUUCAGCGUUGGCGGUCUUACCGACGUUGCCGAGAUCAAGGGCCACCGCAGGACCUACGUCGGUGCGCUUCCUGGCCGUGUCAUCCAGGCCUUGAAGAAAUGCAAGACGGAGAACCCGCUGAUCCUCAUCGACGAGAUCGACAAGAUCGGGCGCGGGUACCAGGGAGAUCCGUCGUCCGCGCUGCUUGAGCUACUCGAUCCUGAGCAGAACAGCUCGUUCCUCGACCACUACAUGGAUGUGCCGGUCGAUCUAUCUCGGGUGCUUUUCGUCUGCACAGCCAACAUGACAGACACCAUUCCUCGGCCACUCCUUGACCGCAUGGAGGUCAUCCGACUGUCCGGAUACGUCUCGGAUGAGAAGAUGGCAAUCGCGGAGAGGUACCUUGCGCCACAGGCGCAGGAACUGGCCGGGCUCAAGGACGCUAACGUGCAGUUGACCAAGACGGCGAUCGAGGAGCUCAUCAAGUCUUAUUGCAGGGAGGCUGGUGUGCGGAACCUCAAGAAGCAGAUCGAGAAGGUCUACCGGAAGUCUGCGCUGAAGAUCGUUCAAGACCUCGGCGAGGAGGCGCUACCCGAGGCCAAGGCCCUCACGGACGAGGGCAAGGCUGCCCUUGAAGAGUCGGAAAAGGAGGGCAAGACGGCGGAGGCUGGCAAGCAAGCAACCGAAAAGGAGACCACCGAAACACCUAGGGUGCCGCUGAAGGUCCCUGAGAGUGUGCAGGUCGUCAUCGACAAGGACAACCUCAAGGACUAUGUCGGGCCCCCUAUCUUCACUUCCGACAGGCUGUAUGAUGUCACCCCGCCGGGUGUCACCAUGGGUCUGGCCUGGACCCAGCUGGGCGGCGCCGCCAUGUAUGUCGAAGCCAUCCUCCAAUCUGCGCUGAAGCCCUCAAGCCGGCCGUCCCUCGAGAUCACGGGCAACCUCAAGACGGUGAUGAAGGAGUCUUCGACUAUCGCCUACUCGUUCGCCAAGUCGCUGAUGGCCAAGGAGUUCCCUGACAACCACUUCCUCGAGAAGGCCAAGAUCCACGUACACAUACCCGAGGGUGCGGUGCAGAAGGACGGGCCAUCGGCCGGCAUUACCAUGGCUACAUCGCUCCUGUCUCUCGCGCUGGAUACGCCGGUCGACCCUGCCGUCGCAAUGACUGGCGAGCUGACACUGACGGGCAAGGUCCUCCGCAUCGGGGGGUUGAGGGAGAAGACCGUGGCGGCGCGGCGGGCGGGCUGCAAGAUGAUCAUCUUCCCGCAGGACAACAUGUCCGACUGGCUGGAGCUUCCUGAGAACAUCAAAGAAGGCAUCGAGGGCCGCCCGGCGAGCUGGUACUCGGAGGUCUUUGACCUCAUCUUCCCCAAUCUCGACCGCGAGAAGGCCAACAAGUGUAAGGCCUGCGGGAACAAGAAGGACGCGGAGGAGAAGGAGAAGUCGGACGAGGACGACACGAGCGAUUAGGCAGCGCCAUCACGGAGACGCACGACAACAAUCAGCGCUGGAGGGGUUCAUCACCAUAAUGGACUCCGUUGUCUUCUGGCG